ACUGGAACAGGUUGCUCAAGGAGCCUAGUUUAGUGGUUGGCAACCCUGCCCGUGGCAGGGGGGUUGAAACUAGAUGAUCACUGUGGUCCUUUUCAACCCAGGCCAUUCUGAUUCUAUGAUACUGUGAUUUAGCUAAUGUAGGUUUUAUUUCAAUGCCAGUAGUCUGCAGCCCUUUGAGAACACCAGAGUUAGAUCAGAAAGGGAGUGGUGCAGCAGUAGGCUUCAUUACUGGGAAGAGUCAGAAAUGGGAAGAAUUUGAUGAAUUCAUUAAAAAUGGAAGGGAGGGCUCUUGCGGAUGGGAAACUGCUUACAAUAACUGAUGUCCUUAUAACUUUUUAACUGGGAACAUAGUGGGAAUGGAUAGUAGAAAAGAUGAAAACAGUGUUGUUGUUUUCUUCUUAAUCCAAACACGAUUUAAAUACCUUUGAUUUAUUUAUUCUCCUAAUUUUAAAAACACGCUUUCUCACUUUAUGUUUAGGAUAAGCAAUAAAGUUAAGCUUUUCAGAAUUUUUUUUUUUUCCCUCCAAGUUGAGGAGAUGUGUUGGGUGAGACGGAAUCUCCACAUUUUGUUUGAACUGCUUCUCUCUUAAAAAAAUAAUCUUUGUGUAGCUCUACCCUGUGCUUGCCUGCUCUUUGCAGGAAGUGAGAUCCCUGGGAACUAUGUGACAAAAAGCAGCCUUGCUCUUUAACCUCUAGUUCCCAGAGCAGUAGGAAGGAAAUAAAAAGACUGCUUUAAGAAGCAACAUGUUGCACUCUAGGCUGAAGUGGCGGUGCCUAUGCAGAGUUGGAUGGUGUGGGCUUGGAAGAAAGAACUCCUAGAAAACCUCAGCCUGUCCUUCUCCUUCCCUCCAUCAUCAUACUUUUCUUCCUCUUAAAAUCAUUUUCUUCUUUCUAAUAGGUGAUAUAAAGGAUUAUAUCAUUAAAAAAAUAAUAAUUAGAAAUCAAAGGAGACCAAAUAUGCUGUUUUUUUUCCCACUGGUCAACAUCCUGCAAUUCUGAAUUCCUAAUACAAGAGGGUGCUGUACAAACACAUCCUAUGUGCCAAAAAAACUCUCUUGGCUUCAGAGGAAACUUGCCAGAAAGUUACCCUGAUAAGAACAAUUGAAUUACCGCUUGUGACUGUAUCUGGACAGAAAGAUAAAGAAAUGAAUCAGCUGUAUGCAUCCAGCAGCAAAGCUACCUUCCAGUAGAUUUUACAGAGGCCCAUAACCAAGUGCAACCAAAGUCCCACUUGUGCUGUCUAGUCACCAUAUACUUAACAAUAUGCUACAGAAACAGUUUACUCCAGAGAUCAGAAGGGAUAACAACAAAGGAGGAAGGAAGAUGUGAUGAGGAUGGAAGAAUGAAGGGAGAAAACUGUUUUUCUACCAAUGGUCUGUUUCUUGAUUUCUGGCAUUCUGGCCUGAUCCAGUCUUUCUGUGAAAGAAGUGGUUGAGAGCAUAAUUUAAGAUAGGUUAAAACACAUCUGUUGCUAAUUUGAAAGAGACCGAGAAUGGGCAGUAACCUGAUGAAGUUGAGUUCACUUGAGGAAGUUAAUUUUUAUUUUUUGCAUCUUGAUGUACUUCAGAGAAAGUUUUUCUGUGGUGGAAGUUAUGAGAAAUCCUAAAGGGAAGCAUGGUGGAAUGACCUAUUCCCAAAAAUGCUUACAGUAUAAAAGGUUUUAUCCCUUUAAAUAUAAAUACCCUCCUAAAUUUAAAUACCUUCCUACCAGAGGGUAUUUUGGUAAUUUCCUGAAAAUACAAUUACACACAUUUAAUACAUUACAUCUUUUUAAAGAUUCUUCCUGUGUCCUUUCAAGGGAUUUUCAGUGUGUUGUGCAGCAGAGCUGAAUUUCCAUCUCAAGUGCUCCUGGAUCUGAGAAUGUUCCGAAAUAAAAUGCAAAAAGAACUGCAGUUAACAUACUCGAGUCAGAGAUAUGUUUCAUUUCUACUGGCAAGCUAUGGAAGAAACCAAAGGCAGAGCAUGUGGAUGUGCCCAUCAGCACUCCCUUCCUGGUGCAGGGAGCAGCUAAGGUUUGGGAUCAGAUCUGUGCGCAAUGAAUGGCUGCAGGAAAGCACAGUGGUGAGGAUAUUACAGCUGGUUUAUGUGAGAUAUUAAGUUUUCCUUUCCCAGAAAGUUAUUCGGUCAUUAAGUUGGAGUGACAUAAAUACACGGUUUCUUUUUCUAAAAUAAUUACCACUUUGUAUUUUACUCCAGAGUAUGAAUUAAAUUACAGUUAAAAAAAGGUCCUCUGCCUGCGGUGUAAUGGAGAGAAAACAGGUUACUGAGAGAAACAGCACUAAAUGUGAAACUCUGCCACUGUAAUAGCAGGAGUUGUGCUGACAGGGGCAAUGGUUCUGCACAGGCUACAGGAAAAUGCUGGAGUGGGAAAAGACAGACAAAGCCAGUUUUACAUGACACAGAAACCUGAUUCCAGAUGCUUCUCAUCAGCUUGUAACUGUGAGAAAAUUUCCCGUAGUUUACCAUCAGUUUGUCCCAUUACAAGAACGCAAUUCCUAUUGCUGCCCAGAAGUGCAGCCCCACCAGCGGCCUACUUGCCCAGUUCGGACUGCUGUCUUCGUUCACCACACGGCUCCGUUUUAAUCAAACCUUUUACUGGACCUUGCCCACAGCCAACUUUUUUUGUUGUCUCCUAACUUUGCCCAUGGGAAGCGUCUCCCAAGAAGAUGAAUUGAAUUGUGUUGAUGUCAUUCUGCGUUGUCUGCGGUGAAGUGCUGUGCUGUGUCAGUAUUCACGAGCAGUGCUCCUCACCGGUUCAAAGGGAAGCCUUGUGAUCACACAGUGAGCCUUGUGAGAUGAGUUGUGGCUGGUGGUAAGAAAACAGGCCAGUCUGCCUAAUUCCCAGCCGUGCUCUCACACAAUUAGUCUGUGUUCCUGUCUACCAAACAGUAUGCAUAGUUCCUGGCCUGUAAUAUACUUAACAUAUAAAACUAAGUUUCUUUGAAUGUGUUUGCCAGCUGAGCUGUAAUUAGCAUACAGCAAAGCUGUAGGCCAGACAUGGAGAGUUGGUGGUACCAUAAAGCAGUCAGGUUUUGAAGCCAAAGCUGAAUGCUGGUGGAGAGUUUGCUGCCUUUUCUGCCCCCGUAGUUCCAGAUAUCCCGUGAACUUGAACAAGAAAUGUCCAAUUCAGCACUGUGACAACCUGCUCAAGCUGAGCAGAAAUCAAAGAGCACAUGAUGCUCUAUUUUGUCCCACCCUGUCCAGCUGAUAUAUAUUUCCUAUUCCAGAAAGAAUGAGUGGAGCACAUAGUAAAAUGUAUUACCUUCUAAUUUGCUCUGUAAUAUUCAAGACUACCUGACACUGUGCUGAUGAAACAUAGACCACUCAAGAACAUCCACGUUGGCAGCAAAACAGCUGAUGUGUUUUCAGAAACUAUUUAGAACAGAUCCGUUUUUCUUGCAUAUCUCCAUAAUUUUUAAUGGUCGUCUCUUUGGUGCCAAGGGUCUGCCAGGAAGGGUUGAUCUCCUAUUUCUCAUCUUUCUAGAACACUGCAAAUAAUAAAAUGAAGCCUGUUUUGGAGGUAAUUUCCCAGAAUGCUACCACAGGGAUUGUAUCUGGAUGAAUGUUUAUGAGGUUAUCUUUGGCUUUCAUCUGCUUUGUUCUAGAAAAAGAAAUAUGCUUCUAGAGAACACCUUACAGGCAGGAAUUAAUUUCUUUAGGAAGGGAUGGUGAUAAUCCAGGGCAAAUUAAGUAAAUAUUGAGGAAGAGCUUCUUGACUGUGAGGGUGUCAGAGCAGUAGACCAGGCUGCCCAGAAAGGGUGCGGAGUCUCCUUCUGUGGGGAUAUUCAAAACCCUCCUGGACGCUUUCCUGGGCAGCCCACCGUAGGGAACUGCUUUAGCAGGCCUGCGGACUAAAUGGUCUUCAGAGCUCCCUUUCAACCCCUCCUAUUCUGUGAUUUUGUGAUCCCACUAGUGAAAGUUAUUUAUCAUUGGGUCUCUUAUACAGUCACAUGAGGAGUUGGUAGCUAAUUAGAGCUGACUAUUAAUUGCAUACAAACCAGUUGUUUCCUAUAUUCAUGAAGAGCUGUUUAGCAUUAAAAAUCGGAAUGCAUUUAUGAGUAUGUAAUUAUAUAGAGCAUAUCAAAUUAUGUACAUCAUACGGUCAGAUGAGCAGAGAUUUUGCAGAAUUACUUGUUCAGAAUAAUUUGGCAGAUGGUUUGCAUACUGUUGGAAACCAUAUCAGUUACUUUGAUAACAACUGCUUGAAAUUCAUUAUACUGACUGAUUAGUUUAUCAUUUGCUACAAAUCAUUCAGUAUAGAUUCUGGCCUCCAGCCUUCCAAAAUUGCUGCAUGAGCCCAUACACAUAUUCACAGUAUUCAAAUAUUGACAAAAAAAUGUGUAAAAAUGCAUACUUGGACUAUACACAGAAUUUUCACCUCAGCUCUCUUGGAUUUUCAUCUUUGAUCCAGGGGAGCAAGUUUACUGUACAUACUCUGAAUUAGAGGGAUUUUAACAUUGUUUGACUAGAAUGAAAACCAUCCCUUAGGUAAGGGAAUAUUGUAAAGUGGAGCUCCUUUGUGAGGUACCUUCUUCCUUUUGGGCUGCAACCCUGCACAUAGAAGGGAGGUUGAAACUCGAUGAUCACUGUGGUCCUUUUCAAGCCAGGCCAUUCUAUGAUUCUAUGAUUCUGUGAUGAAUGGUUGCUUAUUGCAGAAAUAUCAGACUUCUUAAUUUUUUUGAUUGCCUUCUUAGCUUAAAUCUUAAGGAAGUCAGAUUCUUCACUGAAGUCUUCUGUAUCUAAGAGGUUUUUAAUUGUUUGGGGAUUUUACUCUCUAAGAAGAAAAACAGCCAUGCAUGUUAAGAUGCCUCUUUCAUUCAAUUGUAUGCAAUUUGCAGAAAGUGUAAUGAUCCAAUUUAUUCAGCAGUAACAGAAGAUAAAGAAUGCUUGUUCAUGCAUAGCACUGUCUUAGUGUGUAUGUAUGAUUCUGGCUCUCCAGAAUAUACAAUUUUUAUGUAGGUAAUGUUUAGUGAAAAAGGAAAAGUAAAUGUCAAACAAACACCCACUGUAAGAUAAAAUUACACACAUAAUAUAUAUAUAUUACAUAUACAUUAUAUACUUAUGAUGAUGUGAUGGGAUCACCACAGCGUUAGAUGUGUCCUUAUAAGGCUAAAUAGCAUACUUGCUUUCUCACUUCUUUUUUCCAAAAGGCUACAAAUGUGCAUAUGAAAUGACAUUAACACUACAGAUACAGAAUGUCACUGAACUCUGUAAAAAGACAAUAGUGUUUAACGUGCUGUCCAUUUUUCCCCUGUUAUUUGCAUUCAUUUUUUUACAGCAGAAAAAUAAAAACAAGUGCAGAAUAUAUGCGGGAGAGUAAAGCACCCUGAAGGCAUUCAUAUAAACCCAUCCCCUCACUGUUCAUUGCACUGAGAAGCAAGAGGAAAGAUGAGAUUCCUCCAUGAAAGCAAAACAAGAGGCAGAAACAUUAUCUCAUUUGUUCUCAACAAGCAGGCAAAUCUCUUGCACCUUUCCUCACUGCUGGAAUCACUCAGCUACUGAACGAUACGUUCGGACUGCUUGGUGAGAUGAUCCUUGGCUAGAAAGUCCUGAAGAAGCCACUCUCCAAGUAGAUGAAGAAAAGAAGAUAAUGGGGCACGCAGUACGCCAGUUCAAGGCACUGUUUUGGAAGAAUUGGCUCUGCCGUGUGAGGCAACCGGUCUUGUCCCUCUCUGAAAUACUCUGGCCAUGCAUGCUCUUCCUGAUUUUGGCUGCAGUUCGCUUCCAAGAGCCCCCAAAACACAAGGAAAACUGUUAUUUAGAAGCUCGCGAUUUGCCAAGUCGGGGCCUUUAUCCUUUUGUGCGGACUCUUUUCUGUAAUGUUGGCUCAAGAUGCAGAAAUACCAGUUACUCAACACAGAAAUACAGCCGCUUACAUACUUCAGGUGUUGAAAGCGGUUCAGAGAGUUUCACAGGACCUGACUUAGCCUUCAUGAAAGAGAUACAAGAACUUGCAAAGGGAUUUAUUGAGACUACAGAGAAAACAGUGGCUUUAGAAAAACUGUGGGAAGAAAGCUCAAAGUUCUUGGGACUUCAUAACGGCACCACUUUUCUUACUAUGGAUUUGAAUGAAGCAGAAGAAAUCAUUUCUAAAAUAGAAAACCUGUACAAACAGCCAUCUUUCUGGAACCUUCUGCAUUCUCUCCCUCACCUUGAAUCAAAGAGCUUAUAUACAGAGGAUGGAUUAGCUGCCAUAGCACAGUUUCUAGAAGUUAUUAAAAAUACCUUAGUAUCAUUGAAGGAUUUAGCUGUCAUGCCACUGGGACAGACUUUCCGUGAAGUGGUGAAAAUUGCUCUGAAUUUAACUGCUGCAUCAGUGCAGGAGAGGAACUUGGAGGGUUUUCAGUAUAAUCUUUCUCUAGAGGAUAUUUUGUGGAAUCCACAUGCUGUCAGAGCAGAACUUGAAUCCAGAUUCAGUUUUGAUGAUCUUCACGUUAAGAAACUUCUAAGUUAUACAGCACAAUUUACAAAGAUUCCCACAGGAGAGACACUGGAGCAGUUUGUGUGCUCUGCUCUGUCCAGUGUGCCAGGAGAUGAAGCAAACAAAGAGAAUAAUGAAGAAAGCUGUAUUUCCACAUGGCAAGAGGCCAAACUGUAUCUUAUCCAUGCUGUCAGCAAGCUCAGACUCUAUGCACAGGUAUUUGAGCAAUGGUUCAGCAGCAGCCACUCUCAGAAUCUUCUUUCAGAACUUGAAAGAAUCAUGGCCGAUUUAAUGUCUCAGCUGCUAGAAAACAGAGAGGCCAGGAAAAUUGUCUCAGAAAUUACCCUGAUCCAGCAGUGGGAUAAGAAAUCACAAGCUUAUUUUUCAGAAGAAUAUACUGCACCUCAUGAUCUAAUCCUAUAUCUGAAGAAGAUGCAGGGUGUGCUGCAGGCUGUGCCUCAGUGGUCUGUUGUGAAGAGAUUACGCCUGGUAGAUGGAGCUCUGAGGAACGUAGUAUCGCAGUAUUUAAACUUCACUGAUGAAGCUUUACAUAGCCUGGAGAAACUGAUUCCCUUUACCCAAAGAAAUGAAUCUAUUCAUCUGGACAUCAAAAACCUUUUUGUGGAGCUAAAACAGAUGUUGAUGAGCAACACUUCCUAUGUCUGUGCUGAUGUGCUUACAAUGUUUGGGAAGGCCCUCAGGCAUCCACAGAUAUCUGAUACCACUGAUAAUUUAGCCAUAUAUAUGUGCACUGGCAAUGACUCGAAGGUGGCUUUCAAGCAAAGCAACCAGCUCCAGUCACUAAGGGAAGCUGUCCUGCUUCUGCAGAAAGUAACUCAGGGACAACAGAACCUGCCAGAUUCAGUAGUGGAUGAUUAUUUGGGAUGGCAAGAAAUAGAAGAAGAGCUAGCUGAAAAUUAUGCUUAUUACUGUGAUACCGAUCCAUUGCUGAGCUCAGAGGAGGAUGUCCAUUUCAGCUCUUGUGAGGAACAGCUUCUCUUCUCACUAAUUAAUAUUACCCUUGAAGAAUUUUUUUUUACUUUUGAGGAAAACCCAUACUGGAAGUAUUUAACAGCUUUUGUGCAAUGGAUGUGUGAGGUAGCUCAGUACACAGAUGAGGAAGCGGGCUCCACAGGAGAUCAGUUAGGUGGAUUAGAAGCAUCUCUAUGUUCUAGACAAAAGCUCGGUUUGGAGACUAUCUUAGGUCAUUAUUUAUUAGUAUUUCUGCAAGAUUUACCAGAUUAUUCUUCAUUUAUUUCCUGGGCACGGAAUUUGACAUCUGUAAAAGAGUUUUUGAAGGCAGAAGAAAAUGUACGGAUUUCAAGUGAAAAGGAAGUGGAUCACAUUUUACACCUUGCAGAAAUCAUAGAAGAAAUUGUAAUGUUUGACUUCUCAGCUCUUUCAAGCCUCCAACCUCUAAUGGAAACUGCCUUGAGUAAAAUGAUUAUGUGGAUAAAAGGGGAGGAAUCCGCCAUAAGUGUCUCACUUGCAGUUUCUGAAAUCUAUAAUGAAAUACAAAAAAACUUACAGGCUCAUCUGAGAUUUUGGAUGAAAGAGAAGACAGAUUUUUUCUGGAAGAUGGUGAAAAUUGUGUCUCAUGAACUUGAUUCUAGGGUUUCUCACAUAAGUCAAGUGGAAGUUGAGGAGGUACUGGAGUCUUUAUCUAGAUUUAUAUUGUCCGUUACAGAAAAUAAAAAAAGUCUUAAUAGAAGCAUGCAAUUGCUCAAAAAUAUCCUAACUGAUUGGCGAGAUUUAAAUAGUCCUACUUUGAACCAUCUAAAAUACCUAACUGAAAAGUUUCUAAGGAAUCUCUAUGAGAUUGUAUUGUUGGCUGACAGUCAUGUCAAUACAUCUUUCAGCAUAGGUCAUGGAGUGAGUACUACCUCCUUUUCAUUACUCUCAAAUGCAACUUUUAUAUAUAAAGUACAAGAGUUAGGCAAAAUCGUUCCCAAUUUCUUUAAAGACAUUCAAAAAUUAAACAGUAGUAGUGUGGACUUGCUUCUUCAGAUACUUUUCUCUUUGUAUCAGAACACUGAUCUGCUCUUAAACGCUGAGAGCAAUAACACUUUGUUAAUGUUUCUUUAUAACACCUCAAAAGAUAUUUCAUCCUUUCAAACAUGGAGUGAUUUCCGAGAUAUGGACCGAGUUUCUGAUUUUCUAUCUGAAACUUUUGAUCUUCUCUGGAACUUAACCAGUAAAUCACUCUGUGAAAAAUUACUGACCUUUUACAAUUACACAGAAUUUCAGGCCCGGUCUUUUGUACGGGAAGGCAAAAAAGAGUUGCAAGUUGUCUCUAAUAUUCUGAGCAGCCUUAAAACCUUAUUUUUAGAUGAAGACCUUGAAGUAGCUGCCUUUUGUUACUUGGAAAAUUUUUUUGACAUCUCCCCAGAAUGCAUCGUAAAUAAUGGGUGCACUGGCUUUUAUCUAUCAAACAUCACUUCUGUAAAUGAUUCAGCAGAGGUUUACAAUCUCCUGCUUCCAUUGGACAGUGUUUUGUAUAAUAUAACAAAACUGGAAGAUAAGGGAAGUGUAUCUUCUGCUUUGCAUUGCACUUUUACAUGGCUUCAAACCUGGACAGAGAUUUUUGAAGAAACAUCCAAAAUCUUAAAUUUGGAUUCAACCUUUUUUGCCUAUCUAAGAAAUGAUUUGAGAAACCUUUCUGAUAGCUUUUUAAAUACAAGUCAUAUUGAACUGUGCAAUAAAACAACUAUGGCUAUUGUUGAAGCUACAUCAGUAAUGACUCUGUUGAAAAUGAUAGUUGAAGGUGGUGAUUCAAGUGAGUGGAAAGACUUUGAAGCUUACCUUUCUAUAAUUCAAAGUUUUCUUGAAAAUGCAAUUGAUGAUGCAAGCUUACUUAAAGGUAACAGUUCAGAUGAUGUUUUAGAAAUGAUUGAAGCUGUGAUAACUGAAUUGCAGCAAUCUGUACUUAAGGUUGUUAAUAGAGACUUUUUGAAUUCUUGGCUUAAUACGUUCAUCUCAGGAGGAUCUGAGGAAGAAAGGAGUUCCAGUGAGUUUUCCAUUGGGAAUUCACUUUAUACUAUUCUCAAACUCUCCCAAAAGGAUCUUGGAUUUGUUCUUGCUGAGAUAAAGGACACUGCUGCUUUCUUAACAUAUGCACCUCUAGAUAAAUAUUUGGUUUGUGCCAGCAUUUUCCAGAAUAUUACAAAAUUAUUUUUUGACAGUACUCUGAAAAACAUAAACUAUUCACAAGUGAAUUUUUCAUCCCAUAUUCAUUCUUUUCUCAAAUCUUACAGUGUAAUAGAUGGAGUAGAGGAUUGUGAUGGGUGGAUCCAUGGACUUCAUUAUCUCAGUGAAAAAUACAAGUCACCUUCUCACCUUGAAAAUGCAAAACAUAUUUUAUUUCUACUGAAAUCUCUGGGAAACACUGAGACAGAUGCUAAGCUAAAAAAUGCUGUGGAUUUCCUUAAUUUGAUUUUCAAUUUCAUGAUCCCUGAGUGCUCUGUAACUGGUUCUGAUGUGAUUUGUGUAAACAUUUAUUUCAAUGUUAUAGCAAGAACUUUAGAAGUCAUUCUCCCUGAAUUUAAUGUACAAAAUGACACUAAUGUGCUUGAAUAUAUUUUUACACUCUUAAAUAAUUCUGGAGAACUAAUACAAAUGGCUGUGAAUAAUUUAGUGGGUCACUUACAAUAUACAUCAAAUGAUACCCUUUUCAAUCACUCAGUCCAUGGAUCUAACAGCACUUUAAGGAUGUUCCUUAAUCCCUUCCACAGUGUUCUGCUUUCCUCAAUAGAACUUUUGUCAGAAAUUCAAUGUCUUGUCAAAAAUAAAACUUUUGAAAUGCAAGAAAGCAGCUCCUCUCCUUUGGAUACUGAGAUUGAUGAGAAAAAUAUCAGUUUACUGAUGGAGAUCUUUCAAACUGUGAUUAGUAAACUCUAUAAAUUCAAUUCAAACUUGCCCUCUGAAUUGCAGGGUGAAUACAACACGUUUCUCGAGAGACUGUCAGAAAAAGCAGCUCUGCAUGGGAAACUGGUAGGAAAGGCACUCAAAUUUUUCAAGUCUUCUAGCCUUACUAGUUUUCCAAUAAGAAAUGAUAGAAAGUUUCUAGAGCAUAUGAUAACCUUGGUGCAUAAUCUGAAGAACAUGGAUAUUGAGUUCUUGAUGGGUCAAUUCAAACAAGCCCAGAGGAGCUUGGACAAUUUCUUUAAAAAUACCAAACCUCUGCAUAUUGAGAGUUCUGAGUUAGGAGUGUUAAUAGACUGGUGGGAUGAGUUUGAGAACAGUUCAUGCAAUUGGAACCUGACUGGUUUAUGGCACAUCACGCAACUUUUUCAAGAGGAUCUUUCUGAUGUAGAAGAGAUGUUCCAUCUUCUCCUUGAUGUCAUCAGCCUUAUGGAAAGACUAGCUCAUAGAAACAUCACAGAAGCACUAGUUGAAGUGUAUACUUUUGUAUUGACUCAAGAAGCAAAAAUGCCAGUGUUUACGAGAGAAGAAAUCUCUAAUCAAGUAGAAAGUCUACUAAUGUUACUAGAGACACUGACAGAUGUGCCUGAUGAACCUGCAGAGGCCUCAAUUUGUUUUUCGGCAGAAUUCUGCUGGAUUCCCAAAACAGUAACACCUCAGAGUGAUCCCACUUCCAAACCUUGUGACUUUAUGCAAAGUAAUUUUUCUUGGAAUCACAAUGCAGUCUUACACAUCGUCAAAGAACUGAAACUUGUUACUCUGAAUGACAGUUUCUCGUGCACUAUGGAAGACUUUCAGACUUUUAUUACUCACAAUCUCACUUGCUUUUUUCAUCAGAUUAAAGAAUGGAACUCUAUUAUUUUGAAGUUUUCUGAGCUCCAUCAUAUAAAUGAUUCACUUCUUAAAGAACUGCUAGCUUUUUGGAAUGAACUAUACCUCUAUGCUGUGCCUCUGCAGGCAAAUAAUACAAACUCAACUGUCAACUGUUCCUCCACGUCAAAGAGAAAAGUGGCUUUACAAAUCAUAGAAACUCUGAGUGGUAUGCCAGCGGCAGAAAUAGAAAUGUCUGAAUAUGUUCUUAAACAGCUGAAUGAUCUUUAUGGUGGCUUAAGCUGGAACAGGCACUCAAGAAUAUCACUUAUAGAGACUGUUUUUCCUUAUGUCAAGAAUGUGACAAGUGAAGUUUCUGGACUCUUGGACACAGAAGCUGUCUAUUCUUUUCUUUCUGUAGUUCAGCCUUUAAUGACUCUGUCUUCUGUUGGAAACCAAGCUUACUCGGUGCUUAUGGUAUUAUCAUCUUUAAAUGGGCACAACAAUAUAUCUGGUAACAUUGAGAACAUCUGGUUUCCUGUAGUUAAAAGUAUAUUAGAUUUGUUGUUGAAUUUUAAUGUGAAACAAUCACUUGCAGUGAUAGACCAAGAGUUUCAGUUAUUAAGGUUAGCCAAUGGACAGUCCUCUUCAGUGUCUCUUGAUGUGUUAAUACAGCAGUAUAAUACAUCAUCUGUAGAGGCUGUGUUAAAAAAACUUGAAGACAUACAAGAGAUUAUGAACAGCGUUCUGUGUGAGUGUAAUAAUCAAAAUUAUUCUAAAGUGAUGCAAUCUCUAGUCCUUCUUAUGGCUAAUGAAAAAUCAUCAGAUCUACUGUUGGUUGUUAAAGAUAUUAUUGAUUUUCUGGAGCUAUUCAAAAAUAAAACUGAAGAAGAUUACACUGGUAUGUUGUUUUUUGAUGAUCAUCUUAGCAGAGAAAUACUGAAUGCUACUUACAUUGCUAAUUCUGUUUUUCAAAACUUUCUUUUUCAUAUGAUUGGUGACCUUGCUGUUACAAAAGAAGCUCUGCAUGCAAACAGUACUGAGCUUCAGAUAGUUGACUUCAUUGAUUCGUUUUUUGAUAGCGCACAAUAUGGAAAUGUUUCUACUCUGUCACAAAACAGAACUCUGGAGAUCAUGCAAGAAAUGUUGCAAAUUACUCUAACCUAUUUCACAGAACGUAACAGGAAUACAAUAGCUUUAGUAAAGGAUUUGAGAGCAUCUAAAAUAUGCCAAAUUCUUCAGAAACAUUUACAACCUGCUAGUGUUCUACUACUGCAUAAGUUGCAGUUUGCCAUUUUGAAUAUUCUUAAAAUCUUCUCAGAAGAACCAGUUGUCACUAGCAACCUUUUCUGUGUUGUUACAAAGUGUAAAGAUGGCAUAAUGCGUCACUUAGUCAUCUCUAUAAUUGAAGGAAUCACUCUUGUUCAAGAUCAUUAUCAGAGUAUUGAAAGAAUGUGGAUGACUUUCAACAAGGGAGACUGUGAGAGCAUGGCAUAUAUUAACCUGAAACUUUCUAAUAAUCUGGAGAGCUUCCUGAGAGCCUUACAGAGUACAACUGAUGGCAGCUGUGACUGUCAGCUAAUGUUGGAGAACAUCCAGAGGCGCUUGCAAAAACUGAUUGAAACCUGGGAGAUACAGUUGUCAGAAAAUCCUGUAGUAGCUUUUCUCAGCAAUUUAAAUCUUUUAAAUGAUAUGAAAGUCAGAGAUUAUGUGCAGAAUAUUACUGAGUUGAAGUUGGACAUUCUUUCUUCUGUCAACAUUUCUGAAGAAACAAUCAGUAGCAUCUUGGAAGCUAGUAUCUCUUUUUCAAAGGUUUUUUACAGUGCAUUUGUGGUAGCCUUCACUCAAAGAUGUGAUGAAGAAGUACUUAGCUUCUUGCUCAAGCUACCUGAAAACAGCAAAACUUCCCUGGCAGUGGAAGAAUUAUGUUCUUUACCAGCACUGGAUUUGUACACCACACUUGUACUGAUUAUACAGAAUUUGAACUUACGUCAAAUAAUUUACACGAAUAAGAUACCAUCGGAGAUGGGCAAUGUACUAAGCACGUUACUGGAUGUGGUCUCUAAUAUCAGCUCUCUUCUCAGUAAAGUCCAGCAUGUAAUGGAAAACCUUCCAGUGUUCCUUCAAGCAAUUCAAAACAUUGGUAUGUUUGACAUCUCUGCAUUGCAGCAGUUCUUGCAAGGUGGACAGUUCAGAAGUUCAGCUGUUGGGUCCCUCAAGUCUGUAAUCAAGGCAGUAUGUAAAGAAGAAUCACCAUUUUUCAGCAAUGCAAAUCUGUUCGUUGAUAUGCCCAGAAUCACGGGACUCUUAGAGGACAAUAUGGGAAAAUAUGGGAUUCCUGAAGACUCAACUCCCUUUUGCUUGAAGCUUUAUCAGGAGAUUUUACAGUCUUCAAAUGGGGCUUUGGUAUGGACUUUCCUGAAACCUUUAUUACAUGGGAAGAUACUGUACAAUUCAAACAUCAGCAUGAUUGACCUGGUUAUAGAGAAGGCUAAUUUCACUUUUCUUUUUGUGGAGAACUUGAAGACUUAUUCUCAGACAUGGCUAAGGAUGUCUGAAGGUUUUAAAAACCGUGGAAAUGUCCUCAUGGUCUCACGGCUGCAGGAAGCACUGCAAAACAAUUUUGUAAAGCACUUUGUGGAAAGUAACCUGGAUAUUGACCUGGAAAAACUCUUUCAAAAAAUGCAAGUAUAUGAAAUUAUGAUGGGCAAGAUGCUUAACAGCUCAGCAAGUAGGCAAAUUGACCUGUUGUCACAGAUCAUAGUAAAUAUCUCUUCUUGUGUAUUACUGGAUCGUUUCCAGCCCUUUGAGUCUGUUGAUAAAUUGGAGGAGAAAGCUCAUGAACUCAUGCAGCAAAACAAUUUUUUGGCUAGUAUCAUCUUCAGUGCAUCCAAGAACAAGACAGCAGAUUCCAGCGAUCUCCAUACGCAGCACAUUUCAUAUACAAUUAGAACCAGCAUUCUCUAUAGCAUGAGAACGGAUUUGAUUAAAAACCCAGCAUGGAAAUCUCACCCCCAGAAGCUGCCAUCUGAUGGGUUUAAAUACAAUCAUAUCUUUAUUCCUCUUCAAGACAUGAUUGAAAGGGCAAUAAUUUCAGCACAGACUGGGUUAGAUAUCUCAGAGCCAGCAAUUCAGGUGCAAGCCAUGCCUUAUCCUUGUCAUACCAGUGAUCUAUUUUUGAACAAUAUAGGGUUUUUUUUCCCACUUAUGAUGAUGUUAACAUGGAUGGUUUCUGUUGCUAGUAUGGUUCGCAAGCUGGUUUAUGAAAGAGAAAUUCAUCUCGAAGAGUAUAUGAAGACAAUGGGCGUACAUCCAGCCAUUCACUUCUUUGCUUGGUUUCUAGAGAAUGUAAUUGUGCUCACAAUAAGCAGCUGUGCACUGGCUGUCAUUUUAAAAGCAAGUGGUAUCUUUACUUAUAGCAAUGGUUUCCUCAUCUUCCUUUUUCUCCUGGAUUUUGGAGUGACAGUUAUUAUGUUAAGCUAUUUUUUGGGAGUUUUUUUUAGCAGUGCCAAUACUGCAGCUCUGUGUGCCAGCCUUGUGUAUAUGAUCAGUUUUUUACCCUACAUAGUUUUGUUGGUCUUGCAGAACCAGUUGAGUUUUACCAAGCAGAUUAUAAUGUGUCUUCUCUCUACAACGGCCUUUGGGCAAGGAGUGUUUUUCAUUACAUUCUUUGAGGGCCAAGAAAUAGGAAUUCAGUGGAAUAACAUGUACCAGCCAAUGGUGCAAGGAGGAUACAUGACCUUUGGAUGUACCUGCUGGAUGAUGUUCUUCGACUCCAUUUUGUAUUCUAUAGGUGGCUGGUAUUUCAGCAAUAUUAUUCUAGGAAAAAAUGCACUAAGGAACUGUUGGUACUUUCCCUUUACUGUUUCCUAUUGGAAGAACCUGUGUGGUUUAGAGAGGAUGAGAAAACAUUAUCUGGAUUCUGAUGUGUUUUUCUUCAAUGAGAACUUCAAAGAGAAAGACUUAGCACCUCCAGGCUGGAAAGGCAGUUGCACAGAAAGAGCCACAAGUGGUGUUGUGUUGCUGUCUCUCACCAAAGAGCACAUGGAUAACCAUAAGGCUGCUGUUAAAGACCUCUGUCUCACUUUCCAUAAAGGUCAAAUAACAGCGCUCUUGGGACCUAAUGGAGCUGGCAAAACAACAGUUAUAUCACUGUUGACUGGUCUGUACCCACCUAGCUCUGGUACCAUUCUUAUCAAUGGAAAGGACAUACGAACUGAUCUGGCUGCCAUCAGGACAGAGCUGGGUGUUUGCCCACAGUAUGAUGUUCUGUUCAACAUACUAACAGUACGAGAACAUCUGCUCCUUUAUGGAUCAGUGAAGGCACCUGGCUGGACAAAUGAACAGUUGAAUCAGCAAGUCAGUGGAGCUCUGGAAGAUGUGGAUUUAUCCCAACACCAGUACAAACCUGUUGGGGCCCUUUCUGGGGGAAUGAAAAGGAGACUGUCAAUUGCCAUUUCCUUUAUUGGAAACUCAAAGACUGUUGUUCUAGAUGAGCCUACCAGUGGAGUAGAUCCAUGUUCCCGCCGUAGCAUUUGGGACAUUCUACUGAAGUACAAAGCAGGUUGCACGCUGAUCUUUACUACUCACCAUCUUGAUGAGGCAGAGGUGCUCAGCGAUCACAUUGCCAUUCUGCAACAGGGCCAAUUGAGGUGCUACGGUUCUCCUUCUUAUCUGAGGGAAACAUAUGGCCAGGGGCACAGUCUAACGCUCAUAAAAAAGCCCUCUGUGUUUGAAAUCCAGGAUCCUAAGCAUGUUGUUCGGGUCACAUCAUUGGUACAGACUCACAUCCCAGAAGCUUUCUUGAAAGAGAACAGUGGGACUGAAAUAACCUAUGUGAUUCCAGAAAGGGCAGAUAAGACCUCUUUUAAAGGUCUUUUCCAGGCUUUAGAUCAAAACCUUCAUCGUUUACAUGUGACUGGCUAUGGCAUUUCUGACACCACCUUGGAAGAGGUAUUUCUGAAGCUACUGCAGGACUCGGAGAAGAUGCCAUUUGUUCCACAAGAAGCACAUCUGAACAAUGCAAAAGAUGCUGAAUCAGCCUAUAUCUCGCUUAUGGAGGCCUCACGUAUAUGUGGAACUAAUCUCAUUCUUGCACAAAUUGUUGCCCUUCUGCUGAAGAGGUUUCACUGCAUUAGGCGAGACUGGAGAGGAAGUCUGUCACAUGUGCUUCUGCCAGUCCUCUUUGUUGCACUGGCAAUGGCCUUGUUUAGUGUGAAGCCUCUGGCUAUUGAUUAUCCUUCCCUCAAGCUGACACCGAGACUUUACGAGAAUGCAGAAUCCUUCUUUAGCACUGAAGAUGAUAAUCUAGGAAACCUAUCUCAGAUUCUGCUGAGAUAUUUCUUUGACUGGGACUUCACAUGCAUGCAUUCAAAACAAGGAAAAAAUAAUUCAUGUUGGCACAUAGAAUCAAAUUCACUCCUGAAUUCAUGUGGAUGCAUGUCUGCAAAGGAGAUGUGUCCAAGUUUCAAUGCUUCUGUUCCCUAUGUGAAAAAUAAGAGAGGACAUAUUUUGUACAAUCUCUCAGGGUUGAUUGUGGAAGAAUAUUUAGUGAGACCUUCCAACAAAGCAAGAUAUGGUGGUUGGUCUUUUGGUGGGAAGAAAGCUUGUGAAUAUCAAGAACAAAAAUGGAGUAAUAUCAAAUCUAAGCCUCUGGUUAAGGUGUGGUAUAACCAAAAAGGUUUCCAUUCACUGCCAUCCUACCUAAAUGAACUCAAUAACUUCAUUCUGUGGCUGAAUUUGCCCCCAACUGUGGAUUGGAGACAGUAUGGAAUCACACUCUACAGCCAACCAUAUGGAGGAGCCUUGCUGGAUGAGGACAAAAUAAUGGAGAAUGUUCGUCAGUGUGGGGUAGCACUCUGUAUCAUGCUGGGUUUCUCCAUCCUCACUGCAUCCAUUGGCAGUGCCAUAGUGAAAGACAGAGUAUCUGGUACAAAACGGUUGCAACACAUCACUGGCCUGGGUUACAAAACAUACUGGCUUGCUAAUUUCUGCUGUGAUAUGCUGUUUUAUAUGCUUCCCGUCACCCUGUGUGUUGGUGUUAUUACUGCCUUCCAGCUAUCAGCCUUCACUUUCCGAAAUAAUUUGGCAGCCACUGUUAUCCUGCUGGUUCUCUUUGGAUAUGCAACUUUACCGUGGAUGUAUCUUAUAUCCAGAUUCUUCUCAAGUUCAGAUGUAGCUUUUAUUUCUUACAUCUCCUUAAACUUUGUCUUUGGCCUUUGUACCAUGCUGGUGACUCUUCUACCUCGUUUGCUAGCUAUAAUUUCCAAAGUCCAGAGUUUUCAGAACAUCUACAGGAUCCUCGAAUGGGCAUUUAUCAUAUUCCCACAAUUCUGCUUAGGCCAAGGUUUAAUAGAACUUUCAUACAACCAGAUCAAAUUUGACCUAACCAGCAACUUUGGAAUAGAUUCGUAUGUAAGCCCUUUUGAAAUGAAUUUUCUGGGCUGGAUUUUUGUGGAAAUGGCCCUACAGGGAACAGUUCUUCUUCUUUUACGGCUGUUUUUCCAUUGGGAUCUCCUCCAGAAACCAAGGGGUCAGCAUUCAGCUAACACCAUGGUCAGCCCAUCAGAAGAUAUUGAUGUAGAAAUGGAGCGACAGCGACUUUUUGGGGGUAGAACUGAUAAUGAUGUCCUUCUUCUGUACAAUCUCAGGAAGUGUUAUGGAGGUUUCAGUAAAAAGAACACAGCUGUGGAAAGCAUAAGCUUGGGAAUAACAAAGGGAGAGUGUUUUGGACUCCUGGGAACAAAUGGAGCUGGGAAAAGCACAACGUUUAAGAUGCUGACUGGAGAUAUCGUUCCAUCUGCAGGGCGUGCGGUUAUCCGAACUCCAACAGGCUCUGAAAUGGAUAUACUGUCUGCUAGCUCUGAAGGCAUUCUUAUUGGCUACUGUCCACAGCAAGAUGCACUGGAUGAACUUCUAACGGGUUGGGAGCAUCUUUAUUAUUACUGUACACUGCGUGGAAUUCCAAAACAAAAUAUUUGUAAGGUAGCAGAGGACCUUGUUAACCGGUUGCAACUCAAUGCCCAUGCUGACAAACUGGUGAGAACAUACAGUGCUGGCACAAAAAGAAAGCUCUCUGCUGCUCUGGCUCUAGUUGGUAAACCACAAAUACUUUUACUGGAUGAGCCAAGUUCUGGGAUGGAUCCUUGUUCUAAACGCUACCUGUGGAAAACCAUCUUGAAAGAAGUUCAGGAUGGCUGUGCAGCUGUGCUGACAUCCCACAGUAUGGAAGAAUGUGAAGCCCUCUGCACGCGACUUGCAAUUAUGGUGAAUGGAAGUUUCAAGUGUCUUGGUUCUCCCCAGCACAUUAAAAACAGGUUUGGAGAUGGCUAUUCUGUCAAAGUUUGGCUUAGCAAAGAAGUAAGCUAUCGAAGAAUGAUUUUGGACUGCCUAAAGCUGCAUUUUCCUGGAGCACAAUUUAAGGGACAACAUCUUAACCUGCUUGAGUAUCAUGUACCACGAAGUGAGGGAUGCUUAGCUGAGCUCUUCAGAGUCCUAGAGAACUACAAGGCUUUUCUCCAAAUCAAACACUAUUCCAUUAGCCAAACUACACUGGAGCAGGUAUUCAUUAAUUUUGCUACACAGCAGCAAGGAAUCUCACAUUCUUCACAAGAAUCUCCCACUGUUCGUCAAGACCACCUGCCAGUUUAGGAUCAGAACAGGAUACAGUUUCAACAGCAUGUGUGUAUGUUUGCGUGCAUAUAUAUAUAUAUAUAUGCUUAUAUAUAUAUAUAAACACAUUUUACAUGCAAUGAAAAUUUUUGUCUGUUAACCAUUUGUGAGUGAGUGAGAAGCAUGUAGUAGGAGCAGAGGUGAGUUGGCAUUUGUAGGCCAAAAUGAAUGUUACCAGUUCUCAGUAAUACAAGAGAGGAGUGACCUGCCAACAAAAACUCUGCCAGAAAGUAAUGUUUUGAAACGAACUGCAAUUUUAUAAUAAAAAGGGCCGAAUUAAUGCAGCUUUUUAUAACAUGAAAAGACUGGUCUGAAAUGUCACUGUGUAUAGUGCGUUUUCUUUUAGUGGUAGAUCUAUAUUCAUUUGACUACAGUAAUUUUCUCUUGCAUGCACACUUAGUAACUAAUUUUUAUGUGACAAGUCAAGAAAAACUCAUCGAAUGGUAGAAAUAGCUAGGCUAUCACCCGACAUUUGUAUUUAAUAGCACAAAUUGGGAGCCUUUUGACUUCUGCAUUAAUUCAGAUCUGUGUUGUGACAAGUUAAAUUAGCCCUUUUAUUGUAUAACGGAUGCACUGUAUUCCAUGAGGAUUUAUGUUGAGUAGGGUAUUAGUGUACUAGUCUGCCUCCUAGUUACGUAAAGUAAAUUUAAUAAGGUUUCAUAAAUCAUACUUGACAAUGAGUUUUCCAUUAUGCCUACAAGUUGUUGCUGAAGAAUUCUCAAGUAUCUCUUUAAUAACCUAUUUCCUUUUUCCUAGGUUUUUCUUUCCUUCCCCCUCCCCACUCCCCAAAAAAAUAAAAUUCUGUUUUAGGAUUAUGUUAAAAGAAAUAAGCAUUCAGACAUUGAUAAAUAAACUUUUCAAUAAAUGUG